AAAACUUCUGGAAAGCAUUUCCAGUCGGCAUUGUCUCCUAGGGAACACGGACAUGAAGGUGUUUUAUUCUCCUUUUUGCUCUCCUCGUUCCUUUUUCUCGGUAAGAUGCGUCGCCUAAUGCCUUCCGGUUCGCCGGCUAAGACAAAUAUAACGACGCGGGAGCUUAAUGUAGGAAAAACAGCUAAGCGGAAUUCCUCGAAGUUACCACGCUGUUGCUAAGGAUGCCAAAUACGCGAUUAUUGCAUGUUUUCUUUCCUAAACAGUAUCGAUUUACUGGCGAGAUCGUUGCCAUUUGUGGGGGGGAAAUCCUAAAACAGAUUUAAUGGCGCAAUCGAUUCCUAGGGCGGGACUUGUGUAACAGUCUGAGCAUGUCGGAUAUAUAACACUCUCUUGCCGACAUCAUUCCAGGACCUGCAGAUAUCUUAAUACAGGCCAUCAUUCAGUAUGUGGGGAUCUUCAGUGAAAGAUGCCGAGCUGCAAAGAGCUGCUUCUUGGACUUCCUGCGACCGUGAUACAUCUCAUCCCUGAGGAGACAAAAACAUGAAAUAUGCUGCAGACGGGCAACUACUCACUCGUGCUGCUGAUCCAGCUGACACUACUGGCCUUUGACCUCUUCGUCAACUCCUUCAGUGAACUCUUGAGAGGAGCGGCCGUCAUCCAGCUUGUGCUCUUCAUCAUCCAGGACAUCGCCAUCUUGUUCAACGUGAUCAUCAUACUGCUGAUGAUGUUCAACACCUACGUGUUCCAGGUAGGCCUGAUGUCCCUGCUGCUGGAGCGGUUCAGGGCCCUGCUGUUGUUCUCCGCCCUGUACCUGACCCUCAGCAUCUGCCUCCACAGCUGGGUGUUGAAUCUAAGAUGGAGAGAAUCUAAUCGCUUUGUUUGGACAGACGGCCUCCAAGCUCUCUUUGUGUUCCAGAGGACAGUGGCAGUUUUGUAUUACUACUUCUACAAACGCACAGCAGAGUACAUGGGAGACCCGAGGCUCUAUAUGGAUUCUCUUUGGCUGCGUGAUGCCUUUGCCAAAGCUCGUCAGUAGAAUGUAUUUUCAUUAACUACUAAGGAACAAAUGCCUUCAGGUGGUAGGUGAGCAUUGAUGUAGCAGAUUGCUCUACAUUCAAAGCCUUUUUACAUUUCAGUUGCUUCAGUUCAUUCAUAAACUAAUCAACCUAAUAAAAGAUACUUCAAGUGGUCAAAACCACGGAGAAUCAGGGCUUUAGCUCUUUAGGGAAUGCUCCCGUUGUUUUUACAUUAAUGGCAGGACACUAGGGGUGUAACGGUACGUACCUCGGUCACAGUUCGGUUCAUUUUCGGUACAGUGAGAAAACAACAAAAUAUAAAUUUUUUGGUUAUUUUUUUUACCAAAUUUGCAAAAUCUUCCACCAAAAAUAUUUUUCUUAGUGGAAUAUUUGAUGUGAAGUAAUCAGAACCUUGGAUAGGUCAACAAUUCAUAAUUAUUUCCAGUCUGUGGAAUGCUCUCCCUGACCACCCGAGGGCACCACAGACUGUGGAUGCUUUUUAAAAAGGCUUAAAAACCCUUCUUUUUAAAAAUGCCUUUUUAUAGAUAUGCAUGCUAGUUCUAGCUAUUAGGCUGUUCUAGUUUUUAUUUUUUUAUUAUUAUCUUUUUAUUAUUAUUAUUUUUUUUCAAUACACUGUAGCACUUUGAGGUUGUUUGCUCAAUGUAAAGUUCUUUUUACAAAUAAAAUCUAUUAUUAUUAUAAUAACAUUGAUUUUGAUUGAAUAUUAUGUUUUGAGCAAUGACAGUUUGAAAGAAAAAAAAACAGCUUUGUUUUAUUAGUCAACAUUGCAACUUUUUCUAAAUUACAUUUAACUUUUAAGCUUUUUUAUUUCACUUAUGUUAUGUUUUUGUUUAUUUUAAUAGUAUUUUUAGAAUGUGCCGUGGGCCUUUAAAACAUUAGCUGUUGGCCGCAAAUGGCCUCCGGGGCACACUUUUGACACCCCUGCUAUAGAUAAUAAAAAAUUAAAUCUGAUAAAUCUAUGGAUAAAAAGCAGAGCCUGGCGAUGCAUGCACAUUUAUCAUAACUCUUUUGCUCUCUCUGUCUCUGCCCCUACCUCACCAAUGCUGCUGCGCCCACAAUUAGUUUUGUUUUUAACCCCUUCUUAACCCUGAACGUACAUUGAAAAUACACGCAACCUUAACUCAAAAUGCCGGACAUUUGAGGCAUUUAAGCUCCGCAAAAGAGGACAUGUCCGGUGAAAAGAGGACGUAUGGUCAGUCUAUCGUAGCCCGGUCGUUGCUAGCAUGCCGUGUGUUGUGCCUCGGUGUGCAUUGUUUACACAACUUGCGUUACUCUACUUAACAUGUCCGUGUGGAAACUCGUUCGGUACACCUCCGAACCGAACCCCCCGUACCGAAACGGUUCAAUACAAAUACACGUACCGUUACACCCCUACAGGACACUACAGUACACUACUUGUUUACUACUGGCAAGAGGGCAGAUGCUUGAAAGCUUUCCACUGACAGGCAAACUAAACCUGGGAUAUUAUGUUAAUCAGGAUUGAGCUGGGUAAUCUAUGUGGCCUUUGUGGUACUCUCCAAGACAGGGGUGUCCACACAUUUUCUACUGAGGGCCGCGCACUGAAAAAUCAAAAGGUUGUCAGAGGAAAUCUUGAAUUUGUAUAUUUUCAAAACCAGUACUACAAUAGAUUUCUUUAAAAGAAAAAAAGUCUGCCCUGCAUGUCAGCUCUAUUAGGGUCAACAUUUUUGUCCCCCUUUUAAAUUACACCGGUUUGCUUUUUUAUUCCACUUUUUAUAUACUUACACACAUUAUAUAUAUAUAUGUAUAUUAUAUAUAAAGCAUACUCUUUGAAUAUGCUUUAUGUAUAAUACAGCAUGUUUGUCACGCUUAUGAAGAACCCUGUUAUGUCCUUAAUCCUUAUGUAAUGCUUAUACAGUAUGAGCUGUUUACAUGACACCAAUGAUGACUACAAUGUAAGUCCAUGAUCCUGUCAGUGAGAAUUGUUAGUUCAUGUUGUUUUAUUUGUAUUAUUAAACAAACUUUUUCUAA